UAAAAAACACUGAUUUUUUCAUAAUUGGUAUCUCAGGACAUAAGAUACGCCGAUAUCCCAUAUAACGUCAAAUCUAUCCUAUAUUUACAUACAUAAACGAUGGUAAUACGUAUGUAUAUUCUGUACCUUGUGCAUAACUAAAUGAAUUAUAUAACUGAAUGAAUUAUUUCGCUUGAUUAAUUCGAAAGAUUUUAUCUGCCGAUUCAUUAUCGAUAACGACACCGACAUGGACGUCUCUUGUUGUCUGUGCUAUCGGAUGGUUAGUUUUAUCGCAUAAGGGUAAUACAGAUUACAAAUACCUGAAUAACUAAAAGUGUAUCUCUAUUUUCCGAUCCAAACACACUAGAAAUAUCCCUGCAUGAAUGUAGCUCGUUAUAAUUGAUCAUUAAUAAUUUUAUUUUCUCAUCUCAAGUAACGUGUUAAUUGAUUCUUUGAUAUAAUGUAUUAAAUAACAGUUUACAUUAAUUACAAUACGAUAGAAACCACACCAAUAAUUUUAGUAGGCAAUUUACACUACUAUUGUAUACCUAGGGUCCAACAAUAUCGUCUUCACUCCUGGAAACGACAGACGUGAGGCGACAUGACGUUUUGUCGGUGACGCGACAACUUUCUGAUAUCGAACCAUAUCCACCGAUCAAGUACAUAUUGUUUUACGCAUUGCGCUAUGAUAUUCCAACUAUUGUUCGACGUUCAGCAAUUCAGAAAAUCAAUCUAAAAGUAGAAAAAGUGACUAGUGAAAGUGACAGAAGUUGUGAAAGCGUCGCAGACAUCGCGUGUUCGCGAACUCCGUAUGACACCAGAUAUUGUGAUACGGACUGCACACCGAUAAAUGCAAAUCUUAUGAAUUCAAAGUCGCGUGGUUACUAUUCGUGUAGAAAUUAAGAAGACAACCGGUUGUUACUUUAAGAAAUAAUUUUCUGUCAAUGCUGAACGUACUUUAAUUUGAAUAAAUGAUCUAUUCUUUUUAAGAAGUUAAAAAAUAUCCAGCGUUAUAUGAUCUCAGUUGUAAUGACUACCAUAAUAGGGUUGUACGAAAUAAAAUGUGGAGAGCUGUAGCGCAAGAAGUAAACGCUUCUGCUGCAGAAUGUAAGGAGAAAUGGAAGAAUCUUCGCGCGAGCUUCAGUAGACAUUUAAGAAAUCAAAAUACGGCAAAUUCGAAAGCAAAAAAACCAUAUUACAUGGCCGAUUAUAUGGAUUUUUUACUUCCUUACAGCAAACUUCGCAGGCCAGAUGACAGUUUGAACGAGGAAGGACCAAUAGCGCAGGAGAACUGGAACGAAGAGGAGACCGCUUCUGAUACGUCCUCUAAUUACGAGAAAUUAAACAAAUCUAACCAAACGAUGCCAGAACCAGAAAGAGAUGGAGACUCGAAGAACGAAGAGUACACGUUCGUGAGGAGUAAAACGAUGAGGCUUACAGACGACCGAUUAUCACAUAGGUGCUUGGAUAAUUGUAUCCUAGCCAAAAAACGAGAUGUCGACGAAUCGAUUAAUGAUGCAGACUUACUGUUCUUUAAAAGCUUACUUCCAGACGUACGGCAGAUGACGAGACAAGAGAAAAGAAGUUUUAAAAUAUCGGUAUUGAAUUUGAUCGAUAAAAUACUAAACGAAAAGGAAUCGGCAAUGUCGAUCGAAAACGAUAUCCCUUGCGCUAUAGUAAAAAAUCAACAGGAUGAAAGGGUCGAUCAGUUUUAAAUUAAAAGACUUUAUUAGAGUUUGUAAUGACAUGUAUAAAUGUACAACAAUAUAGACUGCCUAAAUUACGUUUAAUAAAAUAAAAUAUAUAAGACUUGGAAAGGGUGUUAACACAAUUUGUGAAGAGAAAUCUGUAUUCUAAAAUAAUUUAUAAUUUAUUGAUAUAUUAUUAUCGAUAAAACCGUAAUAAUAAUAAAUAA